AUGCUCCGGGCAAGAAACUUUUCCAGCUGCUCAUUCUGUGCAAGGCCUUUCGAUCAUAGUGAAAGCAAGAGAGGCCAGUUGGAUAUUGAUAGUCUUUUAAGAAAUGAUUGGAAUUUAUCUUCAAAACGUACAGAACACUCAAAGCCCUCAGAAUUUAACCGUUUUGCAAACAAGUUCAAUCGUGGAGAACGUAAGCCCAAUCCAGAAAGACUUGAAAGAAGGACAAGAUCAGACUAUAAUACUUCAAGACCGCAGAGGAAGGUUUUGAGAUUUAAAUUUUCAGGUUCUGAACAAGCUCAAUUAGCCGUGAAGAGUAUAAUUGCUGAGGUUUAUGAAAGUAGUCCUCAAUACAGGGUGAACUUUGUUGAUCCGGAAUCAAACAAACUCGAACGUAAACAUUUGGCUGAUAUUAUCAAUAGUACUGACUUCAAGGAUCAUGGUAUACAAGUUGUGAUUUCCAAAGGCUUCCCACUUAUCAAAAUGACCAGUAGCAAGGACAUGUUGAAACUGUUUAGUGAAAAACUUGCUAUCGAAAAGGAACGAGAGUUAUUAGAAAAGGGAAGUGUUAAAGUCCAGUACGCAAUACAACAAAGGGAAAGAGCAAAACAGAAAAAGUCAGCCACUAAAAUCAUGACUUUUGCUUGGAAUAUCAGCAUAGGUGAUUUGAAUAAUCAAAAGAGAACCGAGAUAAAUAAAAAACUCGAUAAAGGUGAGAAUUUUUUAAUCUAUAUUGGUGAUAAACGUACAUUAAGCUCUGCCAAAAAAUCAGUAGAUAAAGGUGAUGGUUUAAUUAAUAACAUAAGUAAAGACGAAGAAUUUGAAGAACAAAAUUUCGAUCCACUUACACUAGAAGAAGACCGUUUUGAAAUUGAAAUGAGAAGACGUCAACUAGUUGUUGACAAUAUGAAAACUAUUUUAGAAGAAUGUGAUGCUACUUUUGAAAUAAAUGGUGAUUUAGAAUCAAGAGUAGUAAUCAGAUGUGAGGUUAAACCCAAUAGAAUUAGUAAUAAAAAAGAACAAGAAGAGCAGCAAUUAUCUGCCAAAGAAUUAAAGAAACAAAGAAAAAUAUUAAAGCAAAAAGAAGCCGAAGAAAAGAGAAAACAAAAAACAACUAAUGAAACCGAUAUUGACUCUUUGUAUCUGUUUAAAAUUGAAGAGUAA